CAUUAUAAACCAAAAGAUCUGAUAUUAAUUUUCCCCCAAAUCAAGAACCUAAUCAAAUCAAAAUCGUCGGGUUGGAGAUGGAUGAAGUGGUGCAGGCCGUGGCAGAUCUCAAGAAGGAAUGGGAUCAGACCUCGGCGCAGCUCCGGGAUCGCAUCAAGGCCAUCGAGGCCUGUGGCAGCUCCGGGAGAGGAACGGAGGAGGCCAACUCGCUUCCUAGGCUCAAUGGCGCAGCCCAGGACGGGCUUGCUUUGCUUCGUUCUUUGCAAUUCAGGCUUGAUCUCCUCGCCCAGCAGCUCCCCACUAUGGAACAAUCCCAAUCCGAGCAAGCCACGCUCAAUUCUUGGAAGAAUGAGUACCAAAGUUUGCAUUUGGGCCUUCGGAAUGCUAACCUGCAAGCUAAAGCGAAUAUCCGAAGGGCUGCGCAAGAAGAGAGAGAGCUUCUUUUAGGAAGUGGAGAGGAGUCUACAAUUAGGAGAAGAAAUUUACAGACAAAGGCUGGAAUGACAACUGCAGCUGAAAGCAUUACAGAGAGCCUACGUAGAACUCGUCAAUUGAUGGUUCAGGAAGUGGAAAGGAGUGCAAGCACUUUGACAACUUUUGAGGAAUCAACCAGUGUCUUGAAGAAGGCUGAGAGUGAGUACAAAGGACAUCGCUCUCUGUUGGCUCGCACACGAAACUUGCUCUCCGUGAUGAAACGUCAAGAUGUUAUGGACAGGGUGAUCUUGGUGAUCGGGGUAUUGUUAUUCUUAUCUGCCGUGCUGUAUGUUGUCUCAAAACGUGUUGGGUUGCUUACGCUGCAAAGAAAGCUCAUUUCUGCAAUUAAGUCAGGUUAUGUUAGAAAUGAGGGAUUGGGAAAGGACCUGUACAAAAUGGAAGCUGGACAACUCUUAAACCAACAACAAUUUCACAGAGAUCAAAUUCCUGAGGUGUGAAUGGCAGGUGGCCCUAUGUCAACUUUGUUUUUACUAUUUUUUGCAGUGUAAUUAAGUAUUUGUAUACUUAUGUAUCUGGCUUUUGUUUUCCAAUUAAAAAAAAUUAAAAAUUA